AUGAAUCGGAACAGGACCCCAUACUCUCGUCCAGCUCAGUCGAGUGGUUCGCAAGCUAUGGUAGUUGCUGGACAAGCAAAUCAACCGGGGCCGGUCAGAUGUUUUCAGUGCGGAGGACCCCAUUUCAAGUCAACUUGUCCUCAACUGGCAGGAGUAAAAUAUUGCACUCGUUGUAGAAGACAUGGCCACCUGGAGAACGAGUGUAAUAUGGGCGGACGUGCAGUGAUGAGACCGCCGAACGCUGGAAGGACUCAGCAAGGGAGAGGUGGUCGAGCCCAAGCUGUGGGGCGUGUAUAUGCAAUCACGGGUGCGGAAGCAGCGAGUUCAGGUACACUCAUCAUCGGUAAUUGUUUGCUAUUUGGAAAACCUUGCUGCGUGUUAUAUGAUUCGGGGGCAACACAUUCCUUCAUAUCGAAGGCAUGCGUUGAGAGGCUGGGGUUAGUGGAGAGUGAAUUACAGUUCGACUUGGUGGUGUCGACCCCAGCGGCUGGUGGGAUUAGAACAUCUACUGGUUGCUUUAGAUGUACUAUAGAAGUUGAGGGGCGUAGAUUCAAAGUCAAUCUCAUCUGCUUGCCUCUUCAAGACUUAGAGGUAAUCUUGGGGAUGGAUUGGUUGGCCACCAACCGCAUUCUCAUAGACUGUGGUAAGAAAGAAUUAGUCUUUCCAGAUGAAGGAGAAGAGGAGUUAUCAGUGACGCUCGGUCAGCUGAAGGAGGAUAUAGUAGAGGGCGCCUACUGCUUCCUGAUAAUGACGCACUCAGACGAGGAAAUGGAAGGAGUGAAGUGGGAACGAUCGUCGCAGGAUGAGCAGUGCGAAGGACGAUCGGUCAUAGAAGAGUUUCCUGAAGUUUUUCCAGACGAGAUACCUGGACUGCCUCCUGUUCGUGAGGUCGAAUUUACGAUCGACCUGGUGACGACAGCAGCGCCAAUAUCGGUUCAACCAUAUAAAAUGUCGCCUGCUGAGUUGGUUGAGCUCAAGAAGCAGAUAGAAGAAUUAUUGGACAAGCAGUUCAUCAGGCCGAGCGUAUCGCCUUGGGGAGCGCCUGUAUUGUUAGUGAAGAAGAAGGAUGGCAGCUCCAGGCUUUGCAUUGACUACCGACAGCUUAAUAAGCUUACUAUCAAGAACAAGUAUCCACUUCCGCGUAUUGACGAUCUGCUGGAUCAGUUGCAGGGAGCGAGCGUAUUCUCAAAGAUUGACUUACGUUCGGGCUAUCAUCAAAUACGUGUGAAGGAAGGUGACAUUCAGAAGACAGCCUUUAGGUCUCGUUAUGGGCAUUAUGAGUAUGUGGUAAUGCCGUUCGGAGUAACGAACGCGCCAGCGAUCUUCAUGGAUUACAUGAACCGGAUAUUCCGACCCUACCUGGACAAGUUCGUAGUGGUCUUCAUUGAUGACAUCCUGAUUUACUCCAAGAGCCAUGAAGAACAUGAGGAACAUUUGCGGGUCGUGCUUGGGGUGUUGAAGGAGAAGGAAUUGUACGCCAAGUUGUCAAAGUGUGAAUUUUGGAUGAAGAGCGUGCAGUUCUUGGGGCAUGUUGUGUCAGCCGAAGGAAUUUCUGUGGACCCGACAAAGGUACGAGCGGUUCUGGAGUGGACGAGUCCUCGUUCGAUUACAGAAGUUCGGAGCUUCGUUGGUCUUGCAGGCUACUAUAGGCGUUUUAUUGAAGGUUUUGCUAAGAUAGUAGCACCACUAACACAGCUCACACGCAAGGAUCACCCGUUCGCUUGGACCGAUCGGUGUGAAGAGAGUUUCCAGGAGCUUAAGCGGAAGUUAACGAGCGCUCCAGUUUUAGUGAUUCCAAACACUGCCAAACCAUUCGAAGUCUACUGCGAUGCCUCUCAUCAAGGUUUGGGUUGUGUGCUGAUGCAAGAGAAACGAGCAGUGGCUUAUGCCUCUCGACAACUGAAAAUUCACGAGAGGAACUAUCCGACACACGACCUAGAGCUGGCAGCGGUCGUUUUUGCUUUGAAAAUUUGGAGACAUCAUCUGUACGGAGCGACCUUUCAGGUUUUCAGUGAUCACAAGAGCCUCAACAUUUCAAUGGACUUCGUGACUCAUUUGCCCCGCACGGUCAAGAAUCAUGACUCAAUUUGGGUAAUCGUGGAUCGACUGACGAAGAGCGCCCAUUUCCUGGCAGUAAAUUUGAAGAUGUCGAUGACCAAUCUGGCCAAACUGUACAUUCGGGAAAUUGUUCGUCUGCAUGGAGUGCCGUCGAGCAUAAUUUCUGACCGAGACACGAGGUUCACAUCUCGGUUUUGGCAAUCUUUACAAGGUGUUUGGGAUGAAGUCUUGCCACUGGUGGAAUUCACGUAUAAUAAUAGCUUUCAGGCUAGCAUUGGAAUGACACCGUUUGAAGCUCUCUAUGGUAGAAGAUGUCGAACGCCACUCUGUUGGUUCCAGGAAGGAGAGAACGUGCUAACCGGACCCGAACUUAUCCAGCAGACAACUGAGAAAGUGAAGUUGAUCCAGGAGAGAUUGAAGACGUCGAGGAGCAGGCAGAAGUCCUAUGCCGACAAGAGAAGAAAGCCGUUAGAGUUCGAAGCUGGCGAUCACGUAUUCCUUAGGCUUAAUCCAACCACAGGAGUCGGCAGAGCCAUACGACCAAAGAAGUUAUCCUCGUUGAAGUUGAAGUGA